AAAAAAAUAAAGAUCGGGUCAGGUUUGGGCGUCCAAGGCUCGAAUUUCGUUCAAGACCCGAACUCGGAACUCCUAAGUUUUAAUUUAAAGCCCAAAUAUGUCAAUCGGGGGGGGGGCUAUCCAAAACCCUAAUUUAAUUCCCCUUAAAUUUACCCUUUUUUUUCCAACAUCGCCCCCCACUCUCUCAUAAACCCUAAUCUUCAGAUCCGAGUGAAAUACAAAACGGCGCGAAAUCAAAGUCUCUAUCUGGAUGGAUGGAUACCUCUGGACCCGUAGAUUCCAUUCCCGAUUGGAUCUUUCGAUUUCUCGUAGGUCUCACAGUUUCUUCUUUCGCUGAAUUCUGUUUUUUUUGGGUUCGAUGAUGAUUCAUUUGCUUUAACCACACCGAACGGAGGGCUGGCGUGGAGGAGGAUGGCGAUUCUGGAUUCGGGUUGGAGAUUCGUUCCUUCUUCCUUUGGAUCUCUGGUUUCGAAGAGCUCUAUGAGUCUCUGUUUCCGCCAUGGAUGCACAGAUGAGAGCUUUUUGUGCCUGGGUUUUUUUUUGGAGGGAGGGUUUGAACUUCGACUUGAAUUUGGGAUCGUCGGAUUCCCGCCACGUUCUCGAAUGUGGAAGAUCAAUGGCCUUUUAUCUGAGAACUCUGCCCUUCUGAUCUCUUGGUUUCUUUUUGGGCAUUAGAAUUUUGUUUUCUUGCAGUUUUGUUUUGAUUUUCAAGAACUAAUCGAUUUCAUUUGGAACUUAAUUUUUAUUAUUCAUGUACUUUCUUUAGAUUGGGUUCAUCUUUACUUGGAGAAGGCAAAAGGCCUAUACAAAAAUUUAACUCAUUCUGGAACAAGAUAAUAACAAUGGAGUUUGGAU